CCAAUAACGUCGAUAUUUCCGACUGCACCUGAAAGCCUCAAAAGACAUAGCCGGUUUCGCAGAGGGGGAAGAGAAUCCUAAUUUUGUUUUGUCUGUAACAACAUCCCUCUCUUGAUGAUAGGCCUUUAUUUCGGUAAUAGAAAGCGCGAGGCGAAUACAUUAGUAACGUUAGUUUAGUAUUAUAUUUAUUUAAACCCGUAACGUAACACCGAGGUAUAAAAUGCUUCAGUCUCUAGCCAGCAAUUCGUGUGUGCGGUUGAUACAGAGUCACAAAUCGACGUGGUAUUUUGUGUCUUUAGUCUUGGGGUAUGUCCUUUAUCUCAUAUUCGGCGCUGUUGUCUUUUCUUCGGUUGAGCUGCCUUACGAAGACCUUCUGCGGCAAGAGCUGAGUGCCAUUAAAAAACAGUUCCUCCAGGAAAAUGAAUGUCUAUCCGAGGAGCGUCUGGAGCGGUUUCUAAAGAAAGCCCUAGAUGCUAGUAAUUAUGGGGUCUCCAUCCUCAAUAACGCCUCAGCUAACUGGAACUGGGACUUCACCUCUGCGCUGUUUUUUGCCAGCACCGUGUUGUCCACCACAGGAUAUGGUCACACAGCACCACUGUCAGAUGGUGGGAAAGCCUUCUGCAUCAUCUACUCAGUGAUUGGUAUCCCAUUCACCCUCCUUUUCCUCACUGCUGUGGUGCAAAGGAUCAUGGUUUUCAGCACACGGAGUCCAAUCAUGUACAUCCACAGGCGCUGGGGCCUGUCCAAGCCACUGGUGGCCAUCGUUCAUGCCGCUGUGCUCGCCACGUUGGCCGUCUCUUGCUUCUUCCUCAUUCCCGCCGCCAUCUUCUCAGCACUGGAGGAGAACUGGAACUUCCUGGAGUCCUUCUACUUCUGCUUCAUUUCCCUCAGCACCAUUGGCCUGGGUGACUACGUACCUGGAGAAGCCACUAAUCAGAGGUUCAGGGAGCUCUACAAAGUGGGCAUCACUGUCUACCUGAUCCUGGGUCUGAUCGUCAUGCUGGUGGUGCUGGAGACCUUCUGCGAGCUGCAGCAACUGAAGCAGCUGAGGAAGAUAUUCUACCUGAAGAAGGAGAAGCCGCAGGACCGCCUCUCCAUUUUGGAGCACGACCAUCUCUCCUUCACUACUGUGUCCAACAGAUCCACAGUUUACACUGAGGGCAAAACGCAGCCGUUUGUUUGUGUUCCGACUCUGGCCUCCCCCAAUGAUGAUCCCAUGAUCCAGUGAACAUCGACAGAGCAAACAUCUAUUGAAGGAUGAAAAUAUGAAAGUAGGGGGUUAUGCACGCAACACUAUAGUGGAUAAAAUGAGUAGAUCAUGAGUCUCAGCUGUAGGCAUUCUGCAAAUCUCAGCGCUGCGAACUUUAGUAGUAAAACUAGUUGAGACUGUUCAGAUCAAGCAAACAAUCUCGUUAUCAAACCACAAUACUGACAAUAUAGUGCUAUGCAGGAGAUAACAUUUAUGCACAUUAAUAAGGGAGUAAUUAAUACAACAUAAAGUCAUUGAUAAAAGGAAUGCCUUCUGCAGUAUUUAUGACUCACAGGAGAUACGCUCCUUCAUGAUUUAUAGCAUAUUUAGGAAUAUUUAAAAAAAGUAAUUGAUAUAUAUAUAUAGGACAAGUCUCUGUAGUCUGUCAAACAAAUAGAACAUAAACACGAUUGUAUCUUAUAAAUAGAGAUGCUUGACAGUUAUGUAGAAUGUACAUAUUCAGGUUAAUGUUUUAAGAUGUACAGUUCAACACCUGUUAAAGAUGAGCCAAAGUGCAAAACAUAAGAACAACUCAAAUAAUUAAUGAUCAUUAUUUGACAGGAACAUUUGGUUAAUGUACCAUGACAUGUUUUCUGGCCGUAGUUGUUGCAAACUGUUCAAAGUUUGUUGGUCUGACAUGCUUUAUUGGAUUCUUUUCAAUUGAUUUCUUUAAAGGUUUUAUAAAGUUUCAGCAGCCUGUGUUUCCAUUGCAUAGUGUGUCACAUGGUUGAACAAAAGAGAGCUUGCAGUCGAUCCUGAACAAAGAAUGAAAACAAAAAGUGCCCAGAAGAAGAUAUCCUGAAACAAUGACAUUUUUUAAUAUAAAGUUUGGCUUAGGCUUAGUUAAAAACAAUGUUUUACUCUGCAUACAAGAACAUAGUUUUACAGUCUCACUUUUGGCUCAUCUUUAUGGAGGUGUUUUUGGACUUCAUGUUGUCACACAUUUCAUUGAGAGGGAUUGUAUUUCGUCCACAGACGUGUAUUUUCUCAACAUGUCGAAGUGCUAUUUCAUGGUUUUCCAUGUGUGAUGAUAAGCACUAUAAUGUAUUGAUUUGUCUGAAUGGCUUAAUGUGUGCUGGACUGUUGGAGGUUAGCCUAGCUUAAAAAGGGAACCACGUUGUAUUUUACUGUUAAUAAAGAGAGCUCAGUUUGCACAUGUACUGGAGCCAGGCAAUAGUACAGAUACAAUUAACUGUUUGGGAUGUCUCAAAAAGAAAAAGGGACAUGAUUCCAAAGACAAAACACAGGAGAUAUUUUUAAGGGAAGAGUAAUAAUGGUACUUUUGAUGAAUGUAUAUUUUUGACCUAAGGAAGGUUUACAACCUUUUAGUAGUAAGUAAUGAAAGUCAUUCUGUACUAGAAACAGUGCAUUAGGGGGAAUUUGAAACUAUAAUUCAAUCAGGAGUGCAGCUGAAACGUUCCAGUUCUGGAUUUAGAUUUUGAGAGAGAAUUUGGAUAUACACUUGCAAGUUUUGUAUGACGAUAUGAUUGCACUUCUCUGUGUAUUUGAGAAAGCCAUUUGUAUCUGGAGAAAAGUACAUUAUUUCAUGCCAUUAUCCGUCCUGUAAUAUUCUGUUUGCCGCAAAUAGACACCCACACGUACAGUGUAGCAUACUGCUGCAAUGCAGGCUUAUUUGUCAUGUAUACGUCUUUGUACAUUUAUUAGAAAGACAUGCGUUUAUUAUGGAUUUCAACACUGUCUCAGUCUCUGUGUGGAGCUGAAGUUCUGACCUCAUCCUUCUCUGCUACAUCGCCACAUCAAGACACAGCCUUUUAUGAAGAAGUCUUGAAUGUAACCUUUUUUAUGCCGUUUGCUACAGUGAGAUUCAGAGCCUGACCAGAGUGUCGCAUCACACCUCGCUGCUCUGCUGGCUCUGCUGGCUCUGCUGGCUCUGUUAGUUUAGUGGUGACAAGUUCAUUUGAAACAGUGUGUCCAGGUGAGCAGGUGUCAUGACCGCUUCCAAAAUUAGCUUUGAAUGUUACAUCAUCUGAGUUACUCUCUGAUCUUUAAUAUUGUGUUUUAGAGAUCAGUGGGAGUGUAGUUCUUUCUUUUCCACCAGCCUUGGCCUUCAUGUGAACUGUGAAGCAUUGCAACUGAUCAUAUUGUCUGCUGAGAAAAAGGAGAACUUGAUUUUUGACAAGCUAGGGUUUCUCUCUUACUGUAAGAUGUUCCACUGUGUUGUAGAUACAUUAAAUAGAUUGAUGUCAAGGCUUUUACCCUUCAGCGCUACUGUUUUCGGCAGUGCUUGUCGUGCACAUACAGUUUGUCUUGAGGGUGAGAGCUGUGAAGUAGUUCUGUUCAGGGAGUAAAUCUUGUGUCAAGGAUUACAAAUGGAAGCACAUUGAUAUUAUUUAUGUAUGCUGACAAACGUACCAUGUUUGGAAGAUUUCGAAUCAAAGGUUUCUGUACAUAAGUCUGCAGUUGUUGUGGUGCAUACUUUAGAUUCAUGAGUGUUUCAGUGUCGCAAUACAAAUAUUGUAAUACAAGAUUGCUAUGGUGCAACGAGGUUUUCUGUAAAAGUCAUUUUAGCAUAAGAAGUGAAUCCAUGAAAUGUAAAAUAUCACUGUGUCUUAAAUAAAGUUUAAAGUGGUUUAUUAUUAUUUAA